AUGAGCCACAAUGGCGUGUUCUCGCUACGGAAAGCUCCAGUGUAGCGUUGGCUCGAAGAGGGGGAUGGGAGAGAGUUGUUUUGUGUUGCAUUCCUGCAGUGUGUGUGUGACCUUUGACCUCGUUGUUAUGUUCUCUCCUGCUUGCAUUCCAAAGUGAGGAUUUCCUGCAGUAUGCCAGAAGCGUUGGUCGCUGCUUGGGGCUGGUCUCUGUGCCCUGUGUGUGUGUUUACUAGCUAACGUUACAAAGAACGGCGCCAGAACCGAACAACCAGUACAGCUAUCUAUAGUUUAAUUAAAAAUCUGCGCUACGGAAGCGCUUGUAUUUGGGCACGUCACGACAAACAAGAAAACGCGUGUGUUUUGUAAAAGGGGAAGGAAAGCAAACGAAAACGGGAAAUAAUAGCUAGCUAUCACACACGGGUUUUCCAUCCACUGCUACAAAGCAGAAGAUAACCGCAAGAGAAAGGCAGAGACGGAGAGGAAAUGAAGGACAAACAGAAGAGAAAGAAGGAGCGCACGUGGGCAGAGGCAGCACGCAUGGUCCUGGAGAACUUCUCGGAUGCCCCGAUGACGCCCAAGCAGAUCCUGCACGUCAUACAGACCAAGGGGCUGAAGGAGAUGAGAAGUGGCACAGCCCCUUUGGCCUGCCUGGUGACCAUGCUCCACUCACAGGUCCGAGGGGACCGGGUGAAGAACAGCAUCUUCUUCAAGCUGCCUGGCCGAAUGAGUCUCUUCACACUGAAGAAGAACGCCCUCCAGUGGACAAAGAGUGCAGCCACUCCAGAACCUGUAGAUGCUGUGGCGGGAACAGGUCCGGGGGCGGGACCAGGAGAGGGGGCUGAGCAGGAGAGCUGUGACUCCAUGGAGACGGUGGCUGCGGGCGGAGAGAAUGAUGCAUCUGUAGAUGAGACGUCCUCCAGCGCUUCCUGCUCCACUGAGCCUCAAACUCGCCUCAGCCGAUCCACGCAGUCUGGGAGGCAGAGGAAAAAGGCCGUAAUGAUGCCGCGAGUGGUUCUCACCCCCCUCAAGGUGAAUGGCGAGCACGUGCCAUCGGGACCCAUGAAACGCAGCCGAGGAGUGGAGGUGGAUUUCGAGACGCCGGGCUCCAUCCUUGUCAACACCAACAUCCGCGCCCUGAUCAACAUGCGCACCUUCGCCGCCUUCCCCCCUCACUCCCAGCAACAACUCCUCCACCUGCUCCCUGAGGUGGACCGCCAGGUGGGCGCUGACGGUAUGGCUCGUCUCAGCAGCUCAGCGCUCAACAACGAGUUCUUUACACACGCCUCUCAGAGCUGGAAGGAGAGACUGGCAGAAGGUGAGUUCACUCACGAGAUGCAGGCCCGCUUUCGCCAGGAGAUGGAAAAGGAGAAGAAAGUGGAGGCGUGGAAGGAGAAGUUCUUUGAAGAAUACCAUGGCCAAAGGUCGGGUCUGACUCGCGAGGAGUCCCUGAAGCUGACGGUGGCGGAGGCCGGAGAGGGCAUCCUGCACGGGGAGGCGGGCGUGGCGGUGCCCGGUGUGGCCGGGCCGGGCGCGGCCCCCAAGCGGCGCAGCGUGGGGCGCAGGCGCAGGGAUGGGCGCAUGCGGCGGCGGUCGCAGGCGGACCUGCGGCGCAGGGCCAGGCGCACGCUGUGCAAGCCGCCGCUGACCCCGCUGGCCGAGCCCGCCGAGAAGCAGCCGCCGCCCCUCCACGCCCAGGCCACGCUCUCCUCCACCCCUUCCCCCGCCUCCGAGCCCACGCCCCAGGGAGAGGCCGUUCCGCACCCAGACUCCGCCUCUGAGACCCUCCCUGGCCCCGCUUCCAGCCCCGCCCCCUCCCCCAUCGCUGCGGCGUCCAACCCCGAGCCGGAGGAGACUGCCCGGCUGCUCCCCGAGACGCCCAUUCCUGCGGCUUCCUCCUCCUCUUCCUCUUCCUCCCCCUCCUCCUCUCCCUCCUCCUCCUCCGACAGGCAGGGCGCCUUUGUCGCCAGCUCCGACCCGCCCUCUGCCGUUGCCUCCCUUGCCGACCCGCUCGACCAGGAGGCGUCCGUCUCCACGGCGGCAGGCAGCCGCGAGGGCAGCCUGGCCCCCAGCCCCGCGCUCAGCCCCGCCCCCAGCCCCAGCCCCGCCCCCAGCCCCGCCCAGGCCAAGGAGCAGAAGAGGAAGGGGGAGGAGCCACACACCUUCACCUGCUUCCCCGAGAAGAGGCCGCGGGUGGAUGAUUGUCAGUCCUUUCGUAACACAGUUGACUGUGUUCACUCCGAAAAGCCACAACCCACCACGGAGGAGCUUAAGGUCCCACCUAUCCGGAUCCAGCUCUCCAGAAUCAAGCCGCCCUGGGUUAAGGGUCCGCCAACCUACCAGAUCUGCCCCCGCAUCGUGCCCCCGGGGGAGGGCUCCCGGAGGGGGGGGACCGGGGCACGCACCCUGGCAGACAUCAAGGCCCGCGCUCAGCAGGCCCGGGCGCAGCGCGAGGCCGCUGCUGCUGUUGCAGCCACUGGCGACGGGGCCGGGCCAGGCGGGGGCGGGGCGGGGCCAGGGGGUGGGGGCGGUGCUGCAGUACCGGAUCGCGGGGGCGGGCGGCGCUCCAGGGAGCACCCGGGCCCCGUCGAGCCGGGAGGAGCGGGCGGAGACCGGGCGGGGCCGGGACUUCCUGCGGAGCCUCAUCAGCCAGGAGCACAACUACUGCUGCCCCAUAUAGAGCCCGAGGGGGCGCCUGAAAAAUCGCCGGCGACCCGGACCCCGCCCCCCUCGCAGCUCCGCCCCCAGUCUCGCGAGGAGCCGCAGAACCGCGCGCAGCAGUCCCCGCCCUCCCCUCCGCCUCUGGCAGGCGGCCAGUCAGAGGAGGUCCCAGCGGAGGCUGAGGCUGGCCCCGCCCUUGCAGAUCCGCCGCCGUGCGCCAGGGAAGCGGAGCCCGCCGUGCGUUCAGAGGACUGGCGUAACAGUGCGGCGGCCCAGGAUCGGACAGCCACACCCGAGGAGGUUACCCCGGCAACGAACAGGGGCAGUGUGGCAGAGGGGGGUGGCCUGGCCCUCACCUCAAUUCCUGACGCCCUUCCUCGGUUCGGUGCCCGCGAUGUGGACACCAUCAGGGCCCCGACCACACCCACUCAACCGCCUAAGGGGGGUCAGAACGUGGCGCAGGGCAUGGACAUCCACAGGACUGGUGUGGUCAAGGCUCCAGUCACCCCCACGCCAUCAAGCAAUGGGACGAGCGACGACGAGGGGGAGUGUGGCAAACCCAGCGCAGGGGCGGGGUCAGUGGGUGGAGCCGAGGAGGACACAGGCGCCCACAGCGACUCCACGGAGACGGCCUCGGACUUUGAGAACGAGGCUGCAGGGGAGAGCCCCUGUGGCUGGGGGCCGGAGUCUGACUCCGCGAGCGUCGGCCUCUGCACCCCCAGCGUCAUCCAGGUGUGCCCGCCUGACAGGGCCUGCCACCGGCCGCUCGCCCACGCCUCCCAGAGCCAGUCCGUCAUCCACACCCACGUCACCAACGCCGUACACGGCCAGCCGGUCAUCCAAGCUCUCCAAAAUCAGCCAAUCAUACAAGCAUCUCCCUCCAGUGCUCCUCACAACCAGCCAGUCAUACAGCCUCCUCCCUCAAGCGCUCCCCACAACCAUCCAAUCAUACAGCCUCCUCCCUCGAGCACACCCCAGAACCAGCCAAUCAUACAGGCGCCUUCCUCAAAUGUUCCUCACAACCAGCCAAUCAUACAGCCUCCUCCCUCAGGCGUUCCCCAGAACCAGGCAAUCAUACAGCCUCCUCCCUCAAGCAUUCCCCAGAACAAGCCAAUCAUACAGCCUCCUCCCUCAGGCACUCCCCACAACCAUCCAACCAUACAGCCUCCUCCCUCAAGCGCACCCCAGAACCAGCCAAUCAUACAGGCGCCUUCCUCAAGGCCCCUCCAGAGCCAGCCAAUCAUACAGCCUCCUCACUCCAGCGCUCCUCAGCCCUCCGUCCAGUCACAAGCCCAGCCGGGCCCUGUGGCCCCGCCUCCACUCCAGAUGGAGAGGGAGAAGACCUGCAUGGCGGCCCCCAGGGUGGCGAAGGAGAGCGACACGUCGGCCAAAACCGAGCCGGAACAGCACAGAACCCCCGGCAAGCCGGUCGCCGUGGACGACUGCCGUGCGCCGCUGAAGCUGCCAUCCUCCACGCCACCCAGGAAGAGCCAGAGCAUGGCGAGGCCCGUGUCCUUGGUGGAGGCCAACAACCCGCUGGUCACCCAGCUGCUGCAGGGCAGCCUGCCGCUGGAGAAGGUCCUGCCCCCACCCCAUUCUGCCAGCAAGCUGGAGAUCAACCGCCUCCCGCCCCAGCAACCUGGGCCCCACCCCGUGGGCCCUGCCCGCAGUCACGCCCCACCUCCCCGCUUCAGGAGCCCCUCAGAGGCCUCUGGGCCUCUAGAGCCGGCCGACUUCUCUGCGCCAGGCCAUCCAAAAACGCCAGCCGUGGCGCGGUCCUCCCCCACGGCCGGGCGGGGCUUUGGCUCAGAGGGGCGGCCAGCGUGUCUGUUUGAGGAGGCCUCGUCGCGGGUGGCGGCCGUGCAGCACUUCCUGUCACAGCAGGGGGGCGUGGCCCCGGGCGCGGUACCCGUUAUAACCUCCCUCGCCUCCCGCCGCCCGGCCGACUUCGGCCAGAACAGCAGUGCCGCCACGGCUGCCUACCAGUCGGCCAUCGCCAGAGAGCACCCCGGACCCCAGCCCCCCCAGGGCAGCGCCCCUGAACGGGCCACUGGGGGCGUGGGGCCUCUGGCGCACUGCCGGACCACACCUGAUGCCCCUUCCCCGCCCCAUGGCGACCUUUGUCCCUCCGAGGUUGUCCCCACUGUCAAAAUAAACUGGCGGCCCAAGCCCCGCCCCCAGCUGUCCCCUGCCCCGCCGGCGGUGAAGAGCGAGAUUGCCCGCCCCCCCUGUCAAGCGCUCACCAAAAACCCGCUGGGCCCGUUGGGCGCCAUCACCAAAAAGGAGGUGCAGAACUGCACUGAGUCCCGGGACAGCUUCCUGUCAGGAGGGGGCGGAGCAGGGGGCGGGGCCAUGGAGGGCCUCCUCAACAUGGAGAUGUCUCUCCUCCGCAUGGCCAAAAAAGAGCAGGGCAAGCCGUACUCACGGCCGGGAGACUCCUCUUCCUCCUCCCCCUCCCCUUCCUCCUCGUCCUCAUCCUCCAACUCCUCCUCGCUCCCGUUCCAGGUCAGCGUGCAGCAGCAGCUGUACGGGAAGCUUCCCAAGCUGCAGCAGGGCAUGGCGGGGGGCGUGGCCGGGGCGGGGGGCGGGGCUGGAGCACCGGGGUUCAGCUACACGGCUAACGUGUCGGUGGUGGACAGCAGCGGGUUCUCGCGGAACAUUGCGGACGGCGUGCUGCAGCUGCGGCAGGGCGGCGGGAGGCAGAGCGCGGCGCUCAGCAUCCAGGCCUUCGCCGACAGCGCCGCCGAGGAGGUGGCCUUCAAGUGCUCCUGCCGCCUCAAGGCCAUGAUCAUGUGCCAGGGUUGCGGCGCCUUCUGCCACGACGACUGCAUCGGGCCCUCCAAACUCUGCGUCUCCUGUCUGGUGGUCAGAUAGUACCGCCCCCCCAACCCCGAGCCCGACGCCACGGCAACAGCAGGCAGGACGGGGGGUGCAGGGGCGCGACGUCCGGCAGGGCAGGAGGGGCUGUGGUCUUGUAUAGAAGAAAAAAAAAAUUUGGUCUGUAUUUUUGUUGCAUAUUUUUUCUAAUGCUGUUAUAAUGAUUAUGGUUGUUGUUGUUAUAUUAUUAUUAUUAUUAUUAUUAUUAGUAUUAUUGUUAAGUGAAUUUACAUGGGCGCGGUUGCUUGUAAAUUGUGCCUUGUAUUAUUUUAUUUUUUCAUUUUGUUUUUUUCUUUUCACAAAUAACAUUUACCUCGUGUUCUCUGACACCAUCGGCAGUUCAGUGUCACUAUGGUCGCCAUUGCAGUCGUCUUAGUCUCCGGGUCGGAUCCAUCGCACUUCGGACGGCCAGGAGACCGGUUUCUGUGUGUCUUUGUCUUGGAAAGAAAUAUUUUUUUAAUCAUUAAACCAGUGAAAUACAUUUUUCUGUUUAGUACACUUCCUUUCAUUCCUUCAGUGUUAUGAAGCCACAAGUCUGUAUUUUGCUGGUUAAGCACACAAUUGAAAUAAAGCUGACGUUGCGCUGA